AUGUUGUUAUAUUUCCUUAUUUUAUUGCUAUUACUGGAGUGGAAGUUUGGUGUCAUGCGUUGGAUGCUACAAAUGCUCCAACAAACGUUUGAGCGAUAUACCGCCCCUAAGAUCGAAGUCCCUCCUCCUAGGCUCUUCUUUGACGAAGCUCCAGCGAUGAGGCCACUGAACCCUCGCUCGGCCCCAGAAGGCUUCAUUCAAUGCUACGACAAGGGGACCAACGUACCGCUUGGAAUUGUCAAGGUGUACACCACCGACGAUGUCCGAGCAGCUGUAGCGAAGGCGCGCAUUGCACAGCGCAUAUGGUCCCUCACUCCCUUCUCUACGCGUCGUCGUCUUUUGUUCGCCCUAAUGGACUACAUUUUGGACCACCAACGGGAGAUCGCUCAGACUGGGUGCAUUGAAGGUGGCAAGACCAUGAUGGACAGCGCCCUCGGUGAGCUCCUGACCACCUUUGAGAAGCUGCGCUGGACGGCUGCAAAGGGAGAGGAGGUGCUUAAAGAAGAGAUUCGAGAUGUAGGCUUCAUUGCGAUUCAUAAACGAGCAGCUGUGAAUUACGUUCCUUUCGGUGUCAUUGGUGCGAUCGUAUCGUGGAACUAUCCUUUCCACAACAUCUACGGGCCCAUGAUUUCUGCUCUAUUUGCCGGCAACGGUUUUGUGGGAAAGGUCUCCGAGUACACAUCAUACUAUGCGACCUAUUACCAAUCUAUCAUCCACAACGGGCUGUUACAAUUGGGUUAUUCUCCAGAUCUCGUCACUUUUGUGACUGGCUUCGCUGAAGCCGGCGAGGCACUGGUGUCGUCUGUUGACAAACUCACGUUUAUAGGCUCCCCGGUGGUGGGGAAAAUCGUUAUGCGCAAUGCCGCGUCGACACUGACGCCGGUCGUGCUUGAGCUGGGUGGUAAAGAUGCCGCAGUCAUUUGCAACGAUGCAGAUUUAGAUCAGGUUAUUCCGAUUAUCAUGCGCGGUACUUUCCAAAACUGCGGGCAGAAUUGCGUCGGCCUCGAGCGUGUUGUAGUGCAGGACACCGUCCAUGACCUAGUUGUGGAAGUGCUUACCCGAAGGGUACGGACGCUAACACAGGGCCCUGCCUCGCAGGCGCAGUACGACCUCGGUGCCAUGACUAUGGGUCAUGUGGCGAUUGAGAAAAUACAGCGUCUUGUGGACAACUCGGUUGCGGCCGGCGCGAAGCUGGUCUAUGGAGGCAAAGCAACAAGCGACUACUUUUUCCCGUCCACAAUUUUGACCAAUGUCAAGGCGACACAUGCUAUCGCACUGGAAGAGGUUUUUGGACCAGUACUGGUGGUCAUGAAAUUUAAAACUGAUAAAGAGGCAAUUGAGAUUGUCAAUGCUUGCCCCUACAGUCUUGGUUCAAGUGUCUUUAGCAAGGAUCAGGAGCGAGCUAAGUACAUUGCUGAUCGUCUUCGCACUGGGAUGGUGAAUAUCAAUGACUUUGGUAUCAAUUACCUCUGUCAGUCUUUGCCUUUUGGGGGUGUAGGCAUCAGCGGUUUCGACCGUUUUGCCGGCCAGGAAGGCCUACGUGGCAACUGUAUUGUGCGUGCCUCUACGUCUGACCGAAUUACAUGUAUCAAAACUAUCAUUCCAUCUCUAUUGCAAUAUCCGGUUACGUCUAAGUCUUUUGACUUUAUACUGAGCUUAUGUAAUGUAAUCUAUGGCGACUUGCUAUGCAUGAAAAAGUCCAUGUUUAAAUUAUUCACAAUUAACUCUGAAGCCAGGCUUGAACAGCAGUGA